GGGAGAGAGGCACAGACGCGUUUGACGACGACGACCCCGCUGCGUUUCCGCUGCGUCUGCCACUGCUCUUCUUGUCGAGGUGUGCCGCCGUUUGCCGUCGACAUGAGCUCGCCGGCGCCCGUGUGCCUGGACGACUUGGAGGAGGCGGCGCGGGCGAAGCUUCCGCGCGCCGUUUACGACUACUACCGCUCCGGGGCCGACGGCGAGGUCACGCUCCGGGACAACGUGGCGGCCUUCUCCAGGUGGCGGCUGCGGCCACGUGCGCUGCGUGGGGUCACCACGGUGGACACUCGCGUCUCGGUGCUGGGCCGCUCGCUCAGCUUCCCCGUGGCCGUGGCGCCCACGGCGAUGCAGCGCAUGGCCCACCCGGACGGGGAGUUGGCGACGGCGCGUGCGUGCGCUGCGCUCGGCACGGGCAUGCAGCUGAGCUCGUGGGCGACGGCGAGCGUGGAGGAGGUGGCGGCCGCCGUCCCGAGCAGCGGCGCCCCCCCUCCUGUGCGCUGGCUGCAGCUCUACGUGUACCGGGACCGCGACGCCACCGAGGCGCUGGUGCGGCGCGCGGAGCGAGAGGGCUACGGCGCCAUCUUCCUCACCGUGGACACGCCGCGGCCCGGCCGGCGCCUCGCCGACGAGCGCAACCGCUUCUCCAUGCCCGAUCACCUGCGGCUGGCCAACUUCACGUCGCCCGAGCUGUCGGAGUUGGACACGCAGAGUGGCGGAGGCGGGUCGGGGCUCGCGGCGUACGUGACGCGCGCCAUCGAGCCGGGCCUCAGCUGGGAGCACGUGUCGUGGCUGCGCUCGCUCACCGCCCUGCCCGUGGUGCUCAAAGGCAUCCUGACAGCCGAGGAUGCGAAGGAGGCGGUGCGGCAUGGAGUCAACGGCAUCGUGGUGUCCAACCACGGCGCUCGGCAGCUGGACGGAGUCGCAGCCACACUGGACGCGCUGCCCGAGGUGGUGGCGGCGGUGGGCGGCCAGGUGGAGGUGUACCUGGACGGGGGCGUGCGCCGCGGCACCGACGUGCUCAAGGCCCUGGCGCUCGGGGCCCGUGCCGUGUUCAUCGGGAGGCCCGUCUUGUGGGGCCUCGCGUACAAUGGUGAAGAGGGAGUGAAAAAAGCCCUGACCAUGAUUCGAGAAGAGCUUAUUCUGGCAAUGGCUCUUGCAGGCUGCCACUGCAUCACCGACAUCAACUCUUCUCUGCUUAUGCGGGAAGUGUCCUGCACCGCCAAGCUCUAGAGAACGGGGUGGCAUUGCUCCGUGUGGCUUCGUGCUGCCCAUGGCCACGGCCUCUAUGGUCCUUCACGCCACGGCACUCCGCGCUCUCUCACGUGCUCCUCUUCAGGCCAAUCUCUCCGGCUCCGCGUAUUCUCUGGUCGCCAGCCGCCGUCUGUGGCCGCCGUCUGUGGACUCAGGUGGAAGGUGCAACGGAGUCCACCUCGGGUUUUUCAGUUCCGUGUGCCGUCUACGUGCACAGCCCUGGACACAGUUCCCUGUUGCAGUCUCUUGUAGCCGGUAAUGGCAUCUGAAAAUGUUAUCAAUUUUCCGGUUAUCGUUUAACUUCCUUCUUGUGCACGGUGGUUGUCCAUUCAAGUACUAUGCAGUUUCAACCCCACUUAGCUUCCAUGAUCUGAUGAGAUUGGGCACGUUCCAGGUGAUUUGGUCAUCUCUGUACCUGGGUGCGUGAUCUGGCAUUUGGCUGCGUACAGGGAGACGAAUUUAUAAUUGGAACACGGCGUGGUAAUGAGCCAGUGUUGGGUGCCCACCUGACCAGUUCACCUGAGAAUUCACUGCCAUUGCAUUCUAGCUGCUCAAUCCAUCUGCACGCGUUAUCACCCGCGACUAGAAAACCCGAGGUGGAGUUUGUAGCCCCCUCAACCCGGAGUAACGAGCUCACACUGUUCAUUGCUCACUCUUAUCCCACUCACUCACCCGCUGUAUCAUUCACCCUUUCACCUCCACUCACUUUACUACCACUCACUCCGACAACCCAACCACUGGUCAGUGAUUGCUCACUCUUGCACCACUUACCACUUUCGACACUACUCACUCUGCCAGCAGCACUCUCUCUCCACACCACUCACUCUCCACACCACUCUCCCACCACCACUCUCCCACCACCACUCUCCCACCACCACUCUCCCACCACCACUCAUCGCUCAACUCUUUGUGUCACUCCCACCGAUGGCUGCUUGCUCUCCCGCCCCUCGUCCACCAUCAGCCCUCUGCCAUGAACGCCACAUUCCACCACCGUAUUUCAAAUGCGACAAUAUGGAGAUUCAUUUUGUCCCAGUUUUUUUAUGAUCUAAAAUUAGAUUUUGUAAUUUAUCGUUGUGUUUAAUUGAAAUUUCCGUCAAGCGCUGAAUGAAAUUGAAUAUGCACAUUAUAUAAAGUCGAUUACAGGGCUGUAUUGAUUAGUGUAUUGUAAUACAUUUAGGGCGAUUGUCUAAUUGCGUUGAUUUUGAAGGCCAUAUGUUGUGUGUGUGGAGAUGGAAAGCACAAUACCUCAGGACACUUUGGUCUGCCCCAUGACCUGUCAGCCAACCUUGACCACACCAAGUGGCCUCAAGUGCACCUAGCCUGGCACAAUCUCUGUGAUGACGUUACUUCCACUGACUUGUAUAUGUGGAUGAGUGGUGGCUAUUGCUACUUGUGUAGGAAGUGGUGGCUGACGGUCGUGGAUUGUACAAUGGUACCACAAGCACGAGGGGCUACUCAGGCAGCACAUCCACUCGGCCUUGUAAUCUAUCGACGUGCGAGCCAUUUGAUCGUACAUCUCCACGCCGGUGAUUAACACGGGACGGCGCGUAAUCACAAAUAUGAAAUUCGCCCACUGGUGGAGCUGAGAAUGGGAAAGUAACGAAUUGUGAAGACUGUCACGUGAUGUGAUCAACACCCAUUGCCCAGCACAGAAAGAGAGGCUUUAGAAACACCUGCAGUGACAUGCAAUGGAAAUUCCUGUGACAGAUUUAUCUUAAGGUUCCUAUGUGAGGCAGAAAAUACCGCAUUUUUAAGCAAUCAAAUAAUUUUAAUGACGUUAGAAAUGGCCUUAUUGUGUUAUUGGAAAAAGUAAGAAAUAUGCUAAAAAAUCUUCAUAAAAAAUAUUGCGACUCGCCCUGCGAGAGGAGGAACCUUCACCGGCGGUGCACAGGGAGAGCCGGGCCGGGCCGGCGUUCUACAGCGUGGCAUCGCAUCAGUGUGUGGCACCCUCGCCAGCCCUGUGCGGUUAACACCACCACCAUCGUCACCACCACCGUCACCACCACCGUCACCACCACCACCAUCACCACCAUCACCCGAGCCACGUUCCGCCGCAUCGCAGCGACCUUGCGGACCCGUGCCGGUUGGUGAAGGCUGGGAGCGUGGACGCACGGCACAACAAUGGAUGUUGCUGCGUUGCUCUCCUACUGCUCGUUACAUAGCACGGAAACCGUCUGACAAUCCCUGUUGGGCACGGUUGGUCAAAUCCAAACAUCGUCCAGGCUCAAACCUGCUUAGCUUUGGAUAUCUGGAGCGAUCGAACGGGUUACAGGUGAUUUGGUCAUUUGGGGCGGUGGCCCUGCAGUGGCGUGUUCACCGCUCCUUGAUGCAGAGGUUCGAAUCCAGCAGACGUGCUGAUUAAUACUGCGGUUGUGGGCUAACCAUAGAAAUCUGUGCCUUCAUUCGCCUUGUCCAAAUUUGAAAAAAGUACCCGCAGACUAUUCAAUUAGAAAAUUCAUAUUAAUCAUCGUCUGUUUAACACGUAGGCUGUGUGUAUUAUGAAUAAUCACCGUCUCCUACCUCGACAUGCUGCAGGACCCUCCUGAAAAAGAGUCACGAGACUCACCAAGGUCUCUCUGGGUAAACAAGCAAAAACAAUGGAGUGGAUCAAACGUCACUUCUAGUUGACCUCGUUACCCAGCGGGUUGCUGGGAGUUGCCUGCGGUGAAAGUUGCCUGCUUGAGUUGCGUGCCUCGUGGGGCUGUGGGUGCGGUGGAGUUGAACUGGGUGACCCGGUCAGCACGAGUCGCCGGCUAUCGCGCUGCGUGUUUACUCUUGACGCAAGGACCCAAGAUAGUUUUAAUGAUGAUGGAACUUGCAGUUUUGAAACCUCGACUCUUAUCGGUUCAUGAAGCCUUAGCGACUCGUGUCUGUGUGCGCGUCUUUCUGUGGACAUUGGUGUGCGAGUGUUCGCAAAUCGCACUUGCCCCGACAGUGUUCAGGCUAUAAAAAGGGGGGAGUCUUUGAGGGGGAGUGGUGGUGCGCAGAUUCACCCACUGUGCUACAAACCCGGUAGUCCAAGUUCGAUUCCUAACUACGGCUAACAUCAGUUGUGAUUGAACAGUUUGGUGGCUGAGCGUGGUGCUGACCACACCCCACCCGCUUGCGCACGUUCCAGCCUGAAGAGGUGUUCGCUUAGAGCACUACAGGGGGAUCAUCGCCUGUGUCUAAACGAACGCCGUUGCACAUCAAAUGGUGUGCACUGUGUGUAAACUUGUAUCUCGUCUGUGACCAAAUUUGCCCUGAAGGCGCCCAACCUCGUCAUAUCGGCAGCUAAGCAGGUUUGAGCCUGGUUCGUGCUUGGAUGGGUGACCGCCAUGCACACCAGGUUGUUAUAGGCGACGGGCUUGCUGUGGUGUUGUACCAUACUUGUGCGCUCGCGCGUAUGUGCUGCUCACAGAUUUCAUCAACCCGCGCGGGCCAGCGUGUGGUGGUGCUGGUGGUGCUGGUGGUAAAAUAUGGUCAAACAACCCCGCACGUGUUGUGUUUGCCGGACUCAUGGGCGCGUUCGUGAUGAGACCCUGAAUGUCAAAACCCCAGGUCGUGUUGUCGAACGAAAUGAUGCCCUCCCAAAGGGCUGUGCGGCUGAUGGCGUGUGUAAAAAAACAUUCAAUUAUAUUGGGGGACAGAUUUGGGAACGCGGUUGUAAGAUCGAAGCGGUCUCCCUCAGACCAAGUUGAGUGCUGGCGCAGAUAUUUGCGCCUGAAUAUUUAUCUGAUCGGCCCCAUGCCUUUAGGGCAAAUGCCACGCAAAACAUCAUUAAUUGUGCUUAAUCAUCAUCACCGCCAUCAUCGUCAUCAUCAUCACCGCCAUCAUCAUCACCAUAGCUUAUUUCGGAGUUCCACAAUCAUCAACAUUACCAACCACGUGAUUAAUAGUCAUAAUCAUCGCAAUAGUCAACAUCACCAUCAUUGGUUAUGUUUUUCCUCCAUGGUAAUCGUGAGUAUCUUCAUCACCACUGUCAACUAUUCAUAACCUCUCAAUGUGAGAACAACAUGAAUGUCAUCAUCACCACCAUCGUCAUUCCUCUCGAGUAGAGAAAACGAGUGCCACUGAUUUUCCUACGGAUUAACCAACCCUGCUGUAGGGACAUGGAAUUGCCACCACCAACUCAGUAAUGUCAUGGAAAUGAAUUUCAAUUACGUGUGGAAUUCUAUGCGAUCAGCGACUAAAAACUGCGAAUACAUCAUAGCCACUCAAUAUCUUCAUCAUUACCAUCCUCAUCAGUCAGUCGUGGUCUAGCGCCUCUCCUGACUAAAGACAUCCUCUCUGUGCCCGUCACCAUUGCUCACCGCAGGGCUUGUAGGAGCCACUUGCAUUUGAAACGAGGUCAGUUACUCAACCUACACGUGCAUGCCUAUCCCUUUUUGCAAUUCCACCGUUGGAUGAUAACCUCCCCACGCAGUGGUAGUUUAUGUCACCAUACUUCACCAUGAUGGUCAGUCAGCGUAGGGUUCUGAAGAGGUGGGGGAAAUUAUAAGCGGGACCAUAGAAGUGCAGUACAAUAGUAAUAGUGUUUUGUCUGUAGUGCACUCUGCUGACCACCACGUGUCUCCACAGGCUGUGUGCUUGGGUGUUGUGCGUGGUCGUCACCCAGCACGUGAUUUGGUCAAAUGCUCCUCAAUAUGUACGAAUAAAAUGACAUUCCAGUAUUUGCUGCUGCUGCUGCUGCUGCCGUUACAUUGGCAGCGGUGCACAAGCAUAACCACAACAAGUCACCAAAAUCGUCAACAACACCGCGGUCUUAAAAGGAAAAAUAUAUAAUAGGCGACGU